AUGGCUGCUAUGAAUGGAAUUCCAACUGCUAUGUUUUACCUAGGAGAUAUUUAUUAUAAUGGCAAAUACAAUGUUGAAAUAGAUAAAGACCAAGCAAUAUCUUAUUAUAAAGAAGCUGCAAAAAAUGAUAAAUUAAAAAUUAACAAAAAAUAUAAUAAUAAAACUGCAUAA